UUCCCUGCCGAGGAGCGUAACGCAGUUGUCCAGUGCGUCUCCUCAGCAAGUCCGCACCAACUCCAGGAAGCCGGAUCAUCGAGGAAUACCAUUCACAGGAAUAAAGAUCAGCAGGAGGAGGAGGAGGAGGAGUGCGCUAUUCAACACAAACCCUUAGAGCUGUCCAGGGAAGAGGGGUCUCCCCAAAACCUGAGCCAUGAGUCGCAGCAUUGUGCGGCAGAGUAAGUUUCGCCAUGUCUUUGGCCAGACGGUCAAAGCUGAGCAGGGUUACGAUGACAUUCGCGUUUCCAAGGUGACGUGGGACAGCUCCUUCUGUGCCGUCAACCCAAAGUUCCUGGCAGUCAUUGUUGAGUCCAGUGGCGGAGGAGCGUUCCUGGUCCUGCCCCUCUCUAAGACAGGUCGUGUGGAUAAGAGCUACCCGCUGGUGGUCGGCCACGCUGGACCGGUCCUCGACAUUGACUGGUGCCCUCAUGAUGACAACAUCCUGGCCAGCUGCUCGGAGGACUGUACUGCAAUGGUGUGGCAGAUACCAGAUCAUUCACUGACUCGCCCCCUGUCUGACCCUGUUGUGGUCCUCGAGGGACACUCGAAACGCGUAGGCAUUGUCAGCUGGCACCCCACCGCACGCAACAUACUCCUCAGUGCGGGCAGUGAUAACCUGGUUAUCAUCUGGAACGUGGGAACAGGUGAGCCCCUUAUCUCCAUGGACGACCACCCAGACCUCAUCUACAGCAUCAGCUGGAACAGAAAUGGCAGCUUGUUUUGCACCACCUGUAAGGACCGACGUCUACGUGUCUGCGAUCCCCGCAAGAGGGAGGUGGUUGCGGAACGUCUGGCUCCACAUGAGGGGAUCCGGCCAAUGAGAGCCAUCUUCACCAGAGACGGAAAUAUCUUCACCACAGGGUUCACAAGGAUGAGCCAGAGAGAGCUCGGACUUUGGGACCCGACAAAUUUCGAGGAGCCUAUUGCACUGUUGGAGCUGGACACAAGCAAUGGAGUGUUGUUACCAUAUUAUGAUGCAGACGCAAACAUGGUCUAUCUCUGUGGAAAGGGGGACAGCAGUAUCCGUUACUUUGAGAUCACAGAGGAGCCGCCGUACGUCCACUACCUCAACACCUUCAGCAGUAAGGAGCCCCAGAGAGGGAUGGGCUUCAUGCCCAAGAGAGGUGUGGACGUCACCAAAUGUGAGAUCGCCAGAUUAUUCAAGCUCCUUGACAAGAAGUGUGAGCCCAUCACAAUGACAGUGCCCAGAAAAUCGGACCUAUUCCAGGACGACCUGUACCCGGACACAGCGGGGCCUGAGCCCGCCAUGGAGCCUGACGAGUGGCUAGAUGGUCGCGACGAGGAUCCGAUUCUAGUGUCUAUGAGGGAUGGCUACGUGCCCCCAAAGAGCCGAGAGCUCAAAGUGGCUAAGAAGAAUGUGCUGGGCUCAAGACCCACCACCCGACGCAGCGUGUCCACUUUGGACACCAACAGUCUGCCGCCUCAGUUGCUUGAGAGGUUGCUGGAGGAGAUUCAGAAUCUGAAGGCCACAGUUUUGUCUCAGGAGAAGAGAAUCUGUGACUUGGAGAAUAAGCUUUCCCAGUACACCAAUGGCACUGACUGAUGUGCACGUAAACACACCUUCUGAAGAACUGAUCUGAAUUUCAUAGAAACACGUUUCCCUUGCACUGACAAGGAACCACUCUUACAUACUCUAACAGUGUUGUCCCUUUAAAGGUACCAUUGUGUAAGGGCACGAAUGUGGACAAUGUAACCGCGUAUUGACAACUAAUUUGAACAAAAUACAGCCAUAUCUGGUGUAAUUGUUUUGUGGUUGAUUCUACAUAAUCCACAUUCCAGUUUUAACAUAAUGUACCUUUAAUGCUAUGGAAAAAUACUUUAAUAUAUUCACAAACAUUUACAGUGAUUUGAAAAGAGUGAGAAGAGUGCAGAAGUGGGGUGAGGGGGCUAUAG